AUGGAGAAGAUUGUGAGGACGACCGAGAGAGAGUACUCCCGGAAGAUGACCGACCUCAAUAAAGGGUUUGAGUCUGUUGGCCAAACAUUCUCCGGGAUGGAGACCAAAAUGAACGAAGUCGGGCGUACUGCUAUCCGGAUCGGUGAACAGCUGGAAGCCGUGCAUCAACAACGACAGCGAGCGCAGGCGGCUUAUGAUUUGAUUGACUUCUACAACCAAUUCUCAAAGGACGACACUUCGCAGCUUGACGCCAUGAAGAAAGAGGGCAAGGAGGGCAGGCGUAAGGUUGCCGUCCUGCUGAGGCGAUUGAGCAUCGUGGCCAAAGAAGUCGACCUCGCACACGCUGACAAGACAAGGGAGAACAUCGACAAUAUUGCGAGAAGUUCGAAAAGGACAUGCUUCAUCUGUUCGAUCGUGCAUAUCGCAAAGGAGACCGAAGAUGAUGCAUGUCACUGCGCCCAGACUCUCCUCGACUUCAAUGGCGGCGCAUCCUGCGUACAAGUGUAUGUUAACCAGCACGACUUCUUCAUCAACCGAGUACGAGAGACGGGUCAAGUGGAGGAGGGACUAUGGGCGGCUCUUCCCGAUCCAGAUUCAAGUCCACCCACCGAUGAGGCAGGGCUACAUGAACUGUUUGGCGAGAUACGUGCAACCGUUGGCCAGGAAGCGCAGAUCGUGCAGGCGGUCUUCCCCAACCCUCCAUUCGUCAUGCAGGUCUUCCUGCAACGAGUCUUCGCACAAAUUAUCCAACAAUAUAUGGAACAGCUGCUCAACAGAGGGAACACCAUAUCUGACCUUUCCUCUCUACGCAUGCUCCAGCUCGUCCACCAGCGGACAUCUCAACUAGUCGAGGACCUCAAGGCAUACGAGGUGACCUCCGUCAUCCCGCGCUCUCCCACUGACUCUGGCGACUUCAAUCGAAUGUUGAAUUCAGCGGCAGCCGCUGCUGUGGGUACUGCAGCGACGGUCAGCACCAUGCUUGAGACGGCUAUGGAGGAGCUGUUUGUCCCGUACACAGAAGGACAGCGUUACCUUGAGCGGGAGAGCAAAAGUCUGUCGGAGCUGUACGCUGGCUACCUAGCUGUUUUCACUCGAUAUCAUGCCAGGGUCAACAAGGGUGCGAAGGGUUCGGUGUUCGACCGUGUGGUCAACCAGCUCGGUACGACCGGCGGUGCCACCGCGUCUUCAACAGCCGCUGCCGUGUUCUCCCGCUUCGGCAACCUCGCAGGUGGCGGCGAUCGUAACCAGGCGAAGGUGGAACAGGAGGAGCCUCUCAGAGACGAGGACGGGCAGGUCAGUGUCCAGGUUGCCGAGCGCAUGCUGAAGUGGCACGCGGAGGCCAUCGGGCGUUGCGUGGAGUUGAGUCCUUCAAGCGAUGUGCCUAAGCAUGACUUCGCCUUGCUUAGGGUACUGUCAGCAGCCAUUGGUACUGCCUACGUCGAGACAGCAUUGGAAACCGCGCACACACGCAUAGACCCCUCCGACACCAAGAGCGAACCUUCUCUCCAAGUUCUUACCGUUCUCCGCGAGGUCGACCUUAUUUGCCACCUUUGGCAACAUUACGUGAACAUGGCCCUACUUCCGCUCGCGAGCACCUCCGUCACCGUGCGACGGGAGAUGGUCGUCUUUAAUAACCAGUCCGUCAGCAGAAUCGAAGGCGCUGCAAACCACGUCAUGCAGCGUCUUGCAGAUGCACUUAUCAACUGGCUGUCCGCGCAACUGACGAAACAGAAGAAGACGGACUUCAAGCCGAGGAACGACGACCUUUCAUUCGCGAGGGUGAACACCGAGCCGUGCGUUGCGUGCUGCGACACGCUAGAGAAAGUCCGCGAUGCGGCGAAAGCCAAUCUGAGCGGCAAGAACCUCGAAGUCUUCUUGACGGAGAUCGGGAUCGCAUUCCACAGGAAGUUCCCCGUGAGUGCAACGGGUGGGCUGAUGCUUGCAAAGGACUUGAAGUCGUACCAGGACGUCAUCAGCUCGUUCUCCAUACCAUCAUUGACGGAGCGGUUUGAGUUCAUUCGCCAGCUUGGCAACGUCUUCCUCGUCCGACCAGACAUUCUCCGCUCAUAUAUCACCGAGGGCUACCUCGGCCGCAUCGACUCGACCUUGCUGCGGCCGUAUCUCGCGCAGCGCAGCGACUGGGGCCAGGCCGAGAAGGGCUUCAACGACAGCUCCGAGGAUGGCGACGGGUCAGGAGGAAAGGGUCUGAAGGACAGACUGGGCAUGGGCCGCCUGAGCAUGAUUAUGAAGGACCUGGAGCCCCUCAGAGACAUGAGCAUCCGCGACAUGAACAUCCCCGCUAUGCCCGCUCUUCCCAGUUCGCUGGCGGCCAACUUUUCCAGCUCAAUCACAUCCAGGUUCACCGGGUAA